GUAACUUUCCCAACCCUGCUGUAAGUAUAGUGAGCUUUAACACGCGAUCACAUAUUGCUUUUUCUGUGUUUUCUCUUAACCGAGAAUUUCAUACUCUUCCAUUCGUGUUAAUAGAUGUUAAAUUAUACUGUCUAGAUUUAAACUCGCAAAUUACUGAUAAGUGCCUUUGACGUAACGCUUUUUUUUUGCAUUUUUAAGAAGUCGUUCCUAUUUGCAAAGCCGUGUCGUGAUAUUGUAUCGUUCUCCGUUGUGAUUAAUGCAACGUGUGGACUUUGUUGCUUACGACGGUAAUUGCGAAUCAGUACAAGAAAGAACAAAAAUAUGAGGUGUAUUUUUUGCGCGGUUCAAUAACUUUUCAUCGAAGAAAUGUUACUUAUACUUGUUUUUAUUUGCGUGGAAAAACUUGCGUGAUGCGCGAUAAAUGAUCGAUGCAUCAUAAAACUUAGCACUCUGCUGCGUUGAGCAAACUUUGAAUAUCUCAUUUGCACCGGUGCAUAAACGAAAGAUGCGAAAAUUUCCUCUAGUGUAUUAGUACAACGCUAAAAAUGAUUAAUCUGCCAAAAUACAACAAUUACUGCGAGUAUAAUAACAUUGCGACUUUCAUCUAUCUCUGGCUUAUUGCAAGAUCUGAAGUUGCUCGCAUCACGAUUUUAAGAAUUGAAUUAUUUCAAGCAGAUAAAAAUCUAAACUGAAAUCGUAAAGCGGAAGAUUACUGCCUAAACGUUCUAAUAGAUCUGUUUACUUUGCUGCUCUCUUCCCAUAUUUGCAAUAGAAUAAGGAAUAUGUUCUUGUAGAGCUUCGAAAGAUACAGAAAACUAAAAUGCGAAGCGCGACUGAAGCCAGCAAAUAAAUCGCAAAUGGUCGCUAUUUCGUAAGAAUAAGUUUAAAGUCCGAUGCACGAUCUUGAUGGAAGAGAAAUUUCUUUCGAUGAACGACAGUCUCGGUGCACAGUACAUAGCAUUGUUAUCGUAUAUCCGCGUGCGAAGUGCACUCGGCUGACGGACCACCAACGUCAAAGAAGACUCGCAACAUAAAAAAUGCAUCGAUAAAUAUGCAAAUGCUGUAUAUAAAUAUGUAAACGCAUGCUCUUGGAACAAUAGAAUAAUGAUGCGCUUCACUUGUGAUUUCUGCGGUAAGACCCAUGCAUUUUUUUUUACAUCUUCCACACGAUUGCCGUGGAAGUUAUUUCAAUUAUUUAUUUUAGUCAUUAUCGAUUUAUUGGUCUUCCUUUUUGCUAGUACAUACCAAGUGUGUAGAGAUAAAUUCGUUUUAAUAAAAUACAAGCGACUUACGCCAUUGCACGGCACACAAGCUCCCGCGUGUAACGAUAAUACAGUAUCUCUAUGAAAGUGACAUGCGUGUGCGCGUGCAUAUAUACAUGUUGGCACUAUGCAAAUCUAACAAAAAAAAAUGGAGCGAUGUAGCGCUGUGUUAAAUAACACCAACACAUACGCACGCACGUGGUAUUCAUGUAUCUUCCGGGUGGAAUGAUACGUGUGCCCGGCGCGCGUGUGCGUGCGUGCGUGCGUGUGUCCGGUGUCCAAGUAUAAUAAUGGUCAGUGAAGAUACCGAUCCACCAGUCUUCAGCACGUGUUCCGAGACACUGGAGAACGUUGAGACGAACCGCGAGGCAAACGAUUCGACACAACACAAGCCAUUCUAUCGCGCACGGGUCAAUCGGUGAAAGUAGAACAUUGGAACGUGAUCUAACAAUAAGUGCGUAUUUGUGCGCGGAAAGACUUGGAGAUGACGAUUAAAUCGGCCGACCUCGAGAUGCCGUACCUGAGAAGAGCGGGUCUCAAUGGUCGGCUUGCGUUUGCUAUCGCGGCGGCCGCUCUCGGCUCGUCGUUUCAACAUGGAUACAACACCGGUGUGGUUAAUGCACCUCAACAGCUUAUCGAGGACUGGAUCAAAGACUUGAAGACGAACCGCACGGGUGUUCCAACGGAAAAGACGGAGGUGACGUUAAUCUGGUCUUUGGCGGUAUCGAUAUUCUGCGUCGGUGGAAUGAUAGGUGGUUCUCUGGUGGGUUGGGUGGCGGAUCGCUUCGGCAGAAAGGGCGGUCUGCUGAUGAACAACGUCCUGGUCCUACUGACCGUGAUCUUCGAGGGCAGCGCCAAGGCGGCGAAGAGCUACGAGAUGAUAAUCGUCGGCAGAUUCCUGAUCGGUAUAAACUCCGGGCUGAACGCCGGUUUAGCGCCCAUGUAUCUGGCCGAGAUCUCUCCCGUGCAUCUGCGCGGCGCCGUGGGCACGGUCUACCAGCUGGUCAUCACCAUCUCGAUUCUGGUGUCGCAGAUCCUCGGCCUGGAGCAAAUCCUCGGUACCGCCGAGCAAUGGCCGUUGCUGUUGUGCCUAACGAUCGUACCGGCGUUCUUCCAGAUAUGCACGCUGCCUCUCUGUCCCGAAAGUCCCAAGUACCUGUUGCUUAGCCGCGGCAAAGAUAUGGACGCGCAAAGAGCGCUGUCCUGGUUGCGCGGCACAAUCGAAGUUCACGACGAGAUGGAAGAGAUGCGAGCAGAGUACGAAUCGGUGAAACUGCUGCCGAAGGUCACUGUACGCGAGCUGUUUGUAAAUGCAGCGCUUCGCAUUCCUCUGUUCAUCUCGAUCAUGAUUAUGUUCGCCCAGCAGCUGUCGGGCAUAAAUGCCGUCAUGUUUUUCUCAACUAAGAUCUUCAGGAUGGCGCAGCUUGACGCGCAUGCCGCCCAAAACGCCACGAUGGGAGUCGGCGCGAUGAAUGUCUUGAUGACCCUCGUCUCUUUGGUGUUGGUAGAGAAGGCAGGCAGAAAAACGUUACUCUUGAUCGGAUUCGGCGGUAUGUUUGUGGAUACUGUUCUACUCGCCAUUUGUCUCGUAUUCGCUGAAACGUCGCGAGCAGCAGCGUAUCUCUCGAUCGUGCUUGUCAUCAUGUUCGUCGUCCUGUUCGCCACCGGACCAGGAAGUAUUCCGUGGUUCCUGGUGUCAGAGUUGUUCAAUCAAUCCGCCCGACCACCCGCUACCUCCAUCGCCAUCGCCGUCAACUGGACCGCGAAUUUCAUCGUCAGCAUCGGCUUCCUGCCGCUGCAGGAGGCGCUAGGCGCUUACGUGUUCAUCAUCUUUGCGGUGCUGCAGUUGUUCUUCACGAUCUUCAUAUACAAGAAAGUGCCGGAGACGAAGAACAAGACCAUGGAGGAGAUCAGUAGCAUGUUCAGGCAAAUAUCGUAUCAGUGAGGAUUAUAGUCAAAAUGGGUAAAAUAUUUUUCGAAAACAAAGUCAACACACGUACGACCGAUGAGUGCGUUUCGCUCUCUAUCCUCUUUCUCUGCCUGUGUCGAGGAGAAUUCAACGGUUUGGCGAAAGUGGCACACUAUUCUAUAAUCUAUCAACGCGCUUCCAAUAUUCUGCCUCUACGCGGUAUCCAAAGUUCAUCGAUAGGAUACUCGGUGAAUAUUUGUCUGUAAUCGCGAUGUGUGCUACAAUGUAUUCGGUACAGUAGUCAUAACCCGCAAUCGUGCCAAUCCGGAAAUCUUAACUUUUUCUUGUAUAAUAAUUUAAUUUUUUAGCGUUUUAUUCUCAAUUUCUGUAACUCGGAAACUUGGUUCCAAGUCGAAUCGCGCGAGCGCGAACAUUUCGCCCUGGGGUUUAAGUUGUGAACUAAAGCCAAAUUGUAAACUAAAGCCAACGGUACACGAUACUAUUUUUCCUACUGGAUUUCUUAUAAGAGCCAAUAAGGAUAAGAGUUCAGUAGGAAAAAUGGUACCGUGUGCCGUUGGCUUUAGUUUUAGUUCCUACGUUGCAACCAGCAAAGAAAAAGUCGUCGCAAGAAAGAAGAACUGAAAUGGCACGAAACCGUUUAAGACACACGAUUCUUUCACAGUCUUUUCAAACAAUAAUUUGUUCCUUGUUUCAGGAACAAUAACGUACGCCAUUACCUGUACGAAUGAUUACAGUUCUAGUCACGAAAAGACCUGUAGCCGGAAUAGAACGUUGGAAGAAUCUUACACGCCGGCCGAUUUUAUUUUUAUCACGGAACCUCCGAUUCGUUUUACAUCGACAGGUCGCUAAACAAAUCUUUUACACGGCAUCACGUAAAGUUGUAUACUAUCUUUUAAAGAAAUCAUUAAUCGAAUGCAAUUUUUUAUAGUAUAACGGUUUUAUGACAGUGUCAGGAAAAACUAGCGUUCCCACUGUCAAAUAAUCGCGUCGCGUUACUGUCUAAAGAAAUUUAAAAAAAUAGUCGUCGAAAACAAAAUAGAAGCGAUUAGAUCGAUGAGAGUGAAGAGCGUAUCAAUUGCCUUUUUAUGAGAUAAUUUAUAAUAGAAAUUUUAAGAAUAUUUUAUUAUACGUAAACCGAGAUGUAAGUUUUAUUCGAACGAGAACGGGAAGAGUGCUGUUAGGAUAAUUGUAAAUACAGAAAUAUAUGUAAAGACUAGUAUUGUGCAUAGCGUAGGAGAUAAUUAUAUUUAUGUAUACAUGUAGGUUUGGUUAAUGUUUAAGCAUAUAUCAACGUUUUUUUUUUAAUUAUUUAGAUUACUUUUAAUUUGUGUAUACAUAAACGUAAAAGAAAACAUACGAUAUACUAAAUGUAACUCAGGAACUUACGCUGGUUGUUAUCUCGUUAAAAGCACAGGUGGAUACAAGGUUUUAUUUGUCCUGUGUCUGCGCCUCUCGAGAAAUACUCAUCAGAAACUCAAUCAUGAAUGUUAUCCUCAAGCAUGAACUCGUGAAAAGUGAACAUUUUCAUUGGCAAAUGUUAAAUUCGUUAACGAGAUUUUUCACCUUUCACGCGUCUACGCUAGAGAAAAAGAUUCAUGAUCGAGCCCCUCUAAUAAUCACGUUAGUAUUAAACGGAUUUACUCUAGAAAGCAGAAAGCAUCUAAGUUUACUCGACACGUAAAAUAAAUCAUUGAUUUUCUACUUGGAAUGUGUCAUUUGAGAGAAAAUUGAAUCGAUCAGAAUUUCAGAUUUAUUAUAAGUGCGAUUCGGUAUGUUAUCCAUAUCACGUAUGUUAUGUGCCAUGUAUAUUCAAAGUAUGUCAAUCGCGGACCCAUCAAUUUGUCGCGAAACUGUAAAUAAUACAAGAGUUUUCAUAUAUCUUUUUAGUUACUUGAUUGCUAAUUAUCGUAUAAGUUUUUGCAACGCAGUUAGCUCUUAGGUUUAGGCGAUUCUUUUAUAAAUAAAUCUACAAACUCUUGCUAAUCAAAAGGGGCGGCGUUAAACUCUGUAAUCCGUAUCGUUUGUACGCCAAGAGUUAUUUGCUGUAAUUAUGAUAAUUCAGUAUCUCCGUCGACAUGUCCGCCUACAAAAUGUGUUAUUAAAUGUUACGAGAUGUCUUCAAGAUUACAGUUUUAUAACACUUGAUGUCGAUAUAUACAUAUAUCAUCGAAAUAAAGAGGAACAUCAAGGAUGAAA